CGGCUGUCAUAACAAACAACCAUGACAGAGCCGAGACCAAAGUUUAAAAUAUUCAAGUUUUUAAAGAUUAUUUUAAGUAGCUUCGCCAUUACAAUCCUGCUGUUAUUUACUGUAGCAUGUCUCAGGACUCUUUCACUGGACGUAAAUGUCGGACUUCAACUCGCACGCUGGGAAAAGACCAACAACAUCUCGCUCGUCAUAGACCACCAUCAGAGAGAGGAGCUUCUCGCGAAUUUUAAAGAGGCUAUCCGGAUCCCCACUGUGUCGUUCUCCGAGACGGAGAUCAACACCACCGCGCUGCUUGAGUUUGACAGGCUGCUCCGGAAAGCCUUCCCAACAGUUUUCUCUUCAAGCUUGGUUCAUCAUGAAUUGGUUGCCAACUACAGCCACCUGUUUUGGGUGCAAGGAUCACAGCCUGACCUCGUCCCAUACAUGCUUCUGGCCCACAUCGACGUAGUGCCUGCCUCAGAGUCCGAUGGCUGGGAGGCCCCACCGUUUUCUGCCAAGGAGAUAGAUGGCUUCAUCUAUGGUAGAGGGACCUUAGAUGACAAGGGCCCUCUAAUGGGGAUACUUCAGGCGCUGGAGUACUUACUUAUAAAAGGCUAUGCUCCACGCAGAGGAUUUUACAUCGGUCUCGGUCAUGAUGAAGAAGUCAGUGGUUACAAUGGGGCAAUGAACAUAAUGCGUGUACUGAAGCAGCGUGGUGUGAAGCUGUCGUUCAUCCUGGAUGAGGGCCUGGCUAUACUUGAUGGAUUCAUCGGUGGUCUUCAUGUACCUGCUGCUCUAAUUGGGAUAAGUGAAAAGGGUCUUGCCACAGUAAAGCUUAGCGUGUCUACGGUCCCUGGUCACGCCUCAAUGCCUCCUAGUGAGACCAGCAUUGGCAUCUUGGCUGCAGCAGUUAAAAGACUAGAAGAAAACCCCAUGCCAAGAUUAUUUGGUCAUGGGCCUGAACGCGGAAUCUUUGAGCAUCUGGCCCAUAAGUUCACGUUCCCACUGAAGUUCGUAAUGUCGAAUUUGUGGCUGUUCUCCCCACUCCUUGAAAGGGUACUUGAAAGAAGCCCAGACACUAAUACUUUUGUAAGGACAACCACUGCAAUCACCAUGUUCAAUGCAGGAGUCAAGGUGAAUGUCAUCCCUUCUCUCGCUGAAGCUUAUGUAAAUCUCAGAAUCCACACAGGACAGUCAUUACAAGAGGUCUUGGACCUUGUUCAGUCUACAGUGGGGGACCAGCGAGUGAAGCUGGAGCUUGUUGAUGGGUUUGACCCUCUGCCCGUGAGCUCGAGUGAUGAAAAGUCUUUUGGUUUCCAGAUCAUUAAGAAGACUGUGUUGGAGAUAUUUCCAACAGUUACAGUGGCUCCAGGUAUCUGUGUUGGCAACACAGACAGUCGACACUUCAAAGACCUGACCAAUGAUAUUUAUCGCUUUGCCCCCAAGUGGUUAAAACAAGGUGAUGCUCAGAGAUUCCAUGGGCUCAAUGAAAGGAUUUCCAAAAAGAACUACGAGGAGUUGGUGGUAUUUUUCUUCAGUUUGAUUCAAAAUUGCGACAUUCAGAAGCUCCCUGAGCCUCACAGCUCAGUCCAUGAACUCUAAGGAAUCGACAGUAGAGAUCAUAACUGCAGUUCAAAAAACUGCACUCUUGUUCUUCAAAAUAAUUUCAGCAGCACUGAACAGGACCUUGAUUUACUGUAUAGUUACUGAAUUUCCAACUAAAUGAUGUGAUUCUGCAUUUAAGAGCUAGAAGGUUUUUGUUCCAUUCCCUUGCAAUUGUAGCUUCACAGUAAAAUUGUACAUUUGUUUAAUGACAUACAGUAUUGACCUUGUUAUGACGGCAUGAUCGCAGGAUAAUGAUGUUGAGCCUCUUUGCAUUUCUGAUUAAGAUUUUGCGGUAAACUGCUGUGAUGAUUUUUGAAUGUAAAAUAAUGUUGGGAGAAAUGAAUGAAAUUAUAUUUUCCUUAAAAGUGUGAAAUGAUGAUGCUAAUUUAGAACUUUUUUGAAAUGACUGCAAAACAUUUUUGGGCUGCUCAUAACAGACAAUGUGGUAAAAGGUGUCUGUGGAAAUGCUGAAUUGUGAUAUUUAAAGAUGUAACGUAGUACAGUAGUUUUAUAGAUUGUAUUAUAGAAUGCUGUACUAUCACUAUGACGCAUUAAAAUUAAUCCUCAUUUGUAAAGGUGAUUUAAAUUUGCACAUUGCUUAAUUAUACAACAAAUAACUUAAAAAUGUACUUGUCAUGUGAUAUAUUUUAAUUGUGGACAUUACACAAUACACCUCCGAAAUUACAGCAUAAGUAGUAUUAAAAAACAAAAAAGGUUAUUAGUUUAGUCUCAUACUUGUGCUACCUAACUUGGAGACAUUUACCUAUACUUGAUUACAAUGAACACAAGGCUUGAAAAUGGAGAUAAAUAAAUAAAAUAAAUGAUACACAUGUGAUAGACAUAAUAGAUCAAAGGUGUAACAUAACUAAUUGGCUAUAAAUUAUAUUGAUGGGUGCAAUCAGAAAAAAAAUAAGUAAAUGCUAGAAGUCGACCAAGCAUUUUACCAGACACAUCGCUUAAAAGCUGAAAGCCUAAAAGCUGACUGAAAUUCAUGUCAAAUAAAGAGUACAAACAAAGGUACACCCAGCUAAAACUAAAAAAACUAGAAAUGCAAAACUGCUCAGCCGCUAAUUGCAGUGUUGUAGAUGUAACCACAGAUUAAAUUAUAGGUGAUAAUAAGGAGGCAGAAGAAGAACUAGUUUGAUAAACGUGAGCCAACUACUCUGUUGGAAUUUACUAAUAAAUAAUUUUCCAUUAUUCCUUGUCAAAGCUCUGCCUUAUCAAAGCUCUUCAUUGGUUUUAAGAUUGUGAUACUGUAUACUGUUUUCAUCUGAAAGGACAUUAUGUGACUGGGGUUUUGACUUGAUUUGACCCUUAAAAGCAUACAGUAACCACAUGGUGUUUUUUAAUCAUAUAAUUUAUGGGCUGACUGCUGCGUUUUGAAUGAGUGUUUCUGUUGUUUGAGUAAUUGAGCAAAGUGAUCAUGAGUGCAUGACAGUUUCUCAGAAACAACUUUGUGAAUCCUUAACUGCUGAUAUGUUUUCUCAAGCGAUACACAGCUUUCCUAAUU